CAUAGAAAAUUUUCUGGCUAGGCUAGCUAGUUUGCAAGAGAAAUCAUAAAAUGGAAAAGCGGGGGCAGACCAGAAACUCAAACUCUAAUGGCCAGCUUCCAUCAACGAUGAUAGAGGAGAUUCUAUCAAGGCUACCAGUGAAGUCCUUAUGCCGCUUCAAGUGUGUCUCAAAGUCAUGGAGUUCCCUAAUCUCCGACAACCCCAGUUUUGUUGCAUCGCACUUGUGCAAAGGCUUUGGGAAGGGUAAAGAUGAUCUACUCUUCCGAAGAAGAAGAAGAGUCAUAUUUACUGAUGCCGCAGGUAAUGGCCUCCACUCUAUGCAUCUUGACUACGAUGAUGAGUUUCUCAAUCAUAACAACGAAGAAGAUGCAUCAUCCGAUCAAGAUAAUCGCAAUCGUAACUGUUUCGAUUUCGAUGAGGAGGUUGGUGGUAGUAAUUUAUUAGUAACAACAGCCACGGAGCUCCAGUAUGUUUAUAGCGAGUUAUCAGGUAUUUCGGUUUCCAUGUUGGGUUGCUGCAACGGCCUGUUGUUAUGCAUGUUUUUAUAUGACCCGCAGUUAUAUUUGGUUAACCCAGCAACAAGGCAAUCCAAGAAACUACCAGAAAUACCAACAGAAUAUCUAAUUGAUGAUCUCUAUUACUUUUGUGACGUGUAUGGGUUUGGAUUUGAUUCUUCAACUCAUCAACACAAGGUCGUCAAUGGUGUCGUCUACAGAACAAGUGUCCGUGAUGAUGAUGAAGGAGGGGUUCAGUUUAAUGUGUAUACACUGGAAACUAAUUCUUGGCGACAGAUUGAUGAGUACGUAUUUCCCUACCACAUCUUUCCAUGUCGAAAUAAAGGGACCCUGCUGAAUGGAAAUCUCCAUUGGUUGGGGACAAGAGUCGGAGAAGAUGAUCAUCAUCAUUCAUCUUUGUUGAUCGUCUCCCUCGUUUUAACACAAGAUCAAGAGGAGGUUCGAGAAAUUCCACUGCCGCGCGAAAUCGACUCUUCUCAAACUCUUCGUACUAUUCUCGGGGUCUUCAGAGAAUGGUUAUGCGUAACUUUUGAGGGUGAUUAUGGUAAAGCAACACCAACAUUCAAUGAGUUUUGGGUCAUGAAGGAAUAUGGAGUGGGCGAGUCUUGGACUAAAAUGAGGGUCUCCAUCCCAUAUUGGAAGUUGUCACAUUCUGGUUUCUGGACAAAGUCUCAUGAUUUGAUGGUGUUUGAAGAAGAGUUGGUUAUGUACAAUUUUAACGAUCACAGCUUUCGGAAUCUACGCGUUCGUGAAAUCGGCAAAGUUGGUAGUGUUGAAACCUACUGGGAGAGCAUUGUUUCACUUAAGUAGAGUGAGAAAAAUAAAAGAAGUAAUUGGUACAUUUUCUUUUCUUUCUUUUUCCCUUUUGUUUUUUUU